UAUUAUAACGAAUUUGAGCCUUUCAUCAUAACAAUUUAUCGACUUUGCACUACGGAAUGAAAAGGACUAAUAUGUUCACCAGAAAAAAUUCCCAGGUAACUUCCGGUCUUAUUACCGUUAAUAAGGUUCAAAAACCUUGCUUUCUUUUACCUGUCCUCAUCUCUAUCCUUCUCAUCUUCUCCAAUGGAGUUGAAGCUGAGAUCAGGACCAACAAGCUGGUUACUAAUAUCGGUGCUAUCAUUGAUGUUAAUUCCCGUAUUGGGAAAGAAGAGAAAACAGCUUUGGAGUUGGCAGUCCAAGACUUCAACGAUAUCUCAACAAACCACGAGCUCUCUCUUCACUUCAGGCAUCCUGGAGAAGACCCUCUUCAAGUCGCUUAUGCAGCUGAAGAGCUCAUCAAAGAGAAGAAAGUUAAAGUGAUUAUUGGCAUGGACAAUUGGGAGGAAGCAGCCCUGGUUGCUAAUAUUGGAAACCAGUAUCAAAUUCCAAUUCUUUCAUUCGCAACACCGGCCAUAACCCCGCCAUUAACUACACUUCGUUGGCCUUUUCUAAUAAGAAUGGCUAGUGAUGGGUCAGAACAAAUGAGAUGCAUUGCAGCCCUUGUCCGUUGUCAUAAUUGGAGAAAGGUAGUAGUGAUUUAUGAAGAUAAUGUUUACGGAGGUGAAUCUGGCAAUUUAGCUCUUUUAUCUGAGGCUCUGCAAGAGGUUGGUUCGGAGAUUGAGUACCGCUUGGUUCUUCCACCAUUUUCAUUGUCAACGGAUCCAGAAGACGUUGUCCAACACGAGCUUAUAAAGCUACAAAAAGAUACCGAAUCACGGGUUUUUAUUGUUCUUCAGUCAUCUUUGCCUAUGCUCACUUGUCUGUUCAGAGAAGCUAAGAAUAUGGGACUUGUAGGCAGAGAUACAGCCUGGAUAGUUUCUAACAGCGUUACUACUUUCUUGGAUUCUAUGAACAAUUCUGUUAUUUCCUCUAUGGGAGGCACUUUAGGAAUCCAGACCUACUAUUCUUCCAGCAGUUCUUACCAAAGAUUCGAAGCACAGUUCCGGAAGAUUUUUCGAGCAGAGUAUCUAGAUGAAGAUAAUUUUCUGCCUGGAAUUCAAGCUUUAAGAGCCUAUGAUAGCAUUGGUAUGGUUACACAGGCCAUAGAAAAAUUAGGUAGCGAUUCUAGUAGUCCAAAAAUGUUGCUAAACAGCGUAUUGGGAAGUGAUUUCACUGGUUUGACUGGAGAAAUACAUUUCAAGGAUGCGAUGCUGUCACAAGCUCCUAUAUUAAGAAUUGUAAAUGUGGUUGGAAAGAAAUACAAGGAAUUGGAUUUUUGGUUGCCGAAUUUCGGUUUCUCGAAGACCCUCCUUCCGGAAGAAGGCAAAGAAAGGUGCAGCAAUAGUAACGUUUGUAAUAACACAGGAUGUUUGGCAGGUCCAGUUAUAUGGCCUGGGGACCUCAACGGUCGAAACCCGAAAGGAUGGGCAAUGCCUACUAAUGCAAAGCCAUUGAGAAUAGUAGUCCCCAAAAGAACCUCAUUUGACAAGUUUGUGACAUUUCGAACUGGCGAGGCACUGCCUGAAGGCUUUUGCAUCGACGUCUUUAAUGAAGUUGUAGAACGAUUGAAUUACCCGCUGCCCCAUGAAUUUUUCGAGCAUGACGGGUUGUAUGAUGAUAUGAUUGAAGGUGUCUACAACAAGACUUAUGAUGCUGCCAUUGGUGAUAUAACCAUACUAGCCGAAAGAACAAAAUACGUAGAGUUUACUCAACCUUAUGCAGAGUCAGGAUUGUCAAUGAUAGUUCCACUCGAGAACGAAGAUGCAACAUGGAUUUUCACGAAGCCUUUCAACUUGGAGAUGUGGAUAGUGAGUGGUGCUAUAUUCAUCUACACAAUGCUUAUAGUUUGGUUCCUGGAGCACCAAAGUAGUAAUCCAGAAUUUAGAGGCCCGUGGAAGGUUCAGAUUGAGAACGCGCUUUGGUUCUUAAGUUCUUCUCUUUUCUUUAUUCACGCGGAGAAACUUUAUAGCAACUUUACUCGAAUAGUGGUGGUAGCGUGGCUCUGUGUUGUAUUUGUCUUAACCGCAAGCUACACUGCUAAUUUGACUUCAAUGCUCACCGUCCAAAGAUUGGAACCAAAAUUUUCGGAGUAUAAGAAUUAUCAAAUUAACCAUUUAACUGUAGGUUGUGAUAACGAUUCUUUCGUCCAGAAUUACCUUGAGAAAGUACUUGGAUUUCAAACAGAAAAAAUCAAGAUCAUUGACCACGAAAAUGAUUAUCCUACCGAAUUUGAAAGCAACAACAUUGCUGCUGCCUUUCUCGAACUCCCAUACGAGAAGGUUUUCCUCAAUAAGUACUGUGAAAGAUACACUAGCACAGAAGGCACAUUCAGAUUUGGAGGGUUCGGCUUUGCAUUCCAAAAAGGCUCUCCUAUUGCUUCUGAUUUUUCUAGAGUCAUUCUGCGCCUCUCAGAGAAAGGAACACUAACAACACUGGAAGAACGAUGGUUUGCCCCCUCACCUGAGUGUUCAACUACUGUGCCUCAUAAUAACGUCGAAAGCUUGAAUCUACGCAGCUUCAAGGGUAUCUACAUUGUAUCUGCUACGAUAUCUACUAUCUGUUUUCUACUAGUUCUCAUUCCCUUGGUAAGGAAUUCACGAAAUCAUCAAGAAGCAAAUAUUGAAGGCAAUGUCACUCCAAGUGGUAAGAGUGGUUCAAGCAAGGGAGGUGGAAUUUCAAAAUACUUAUACAAUGGAGACAAAACUCGUAUUCCUAGAAGAGCUUCAACUUUUGCUCAAGCACUAGAUACGGAUGUAUGGGUCUCAUCGAGGUGGGAACGUGUGAGUAAUUCUGACAAUUUGGAGAAUCAUCAGGAUUCCUCACAAGCUGAGAUUGAAAUGCCAUAAAUCCCACAGCAAAAGGAUCAAAGAUAAAAAGAAAAUGAAGAACUUAGCAUGAGAUCAAGGUUCCUAUGAAUAUUAAUUAUUUCUCUAACUCCGAUUCCAGAAGUGGUUGAAGUUAUUGAUCAAGCAAUAUAAUUUGUCAAUAGCAUUAGAAUUUAGAUGUAUUAACAAUCGAAGCCUAUAGAUUUACCUCUUUUUUAAAAAAAACUCAUGAAUAUUAUUUAUGUA